UACUUGGUAUUUUAUGCUAAUUCUACCAAUCUCUAGUUUUAUAAGCUUUUCGAUAUAAUUAUGAAUUCGGUUGCUACUUGCUAAGGAAUUAUACACCUACCGAAUCCAAAAUAUAUAACUAAAACAUGAGAUUCAGUCAAUAAGGUUCGAAGUCUUUAAGGACCCCGUCUAACAAAAUUUGUUGACAAUCAAAAUUGUCAUCACAUUUUUUUUAAAAGCUUGUUAGUAUAUUUAUUAAUUAAUUAAUGUGUUGCUACACAAAAUUUAGUUCCGUCUAACAAAAUUAAUGUGUUCCAAAUUUUAAUAUUGGUUGCAUCAACACUCCAUACGACGAAAUCUACAAUUUUCAAACAUUAAAAAACCAGCUCAAUAAAAUUUUCUUCUCUACGGAAGUUGAUACUUUUACGUCAACGUCAUCAUGUAUUCAUAAAGAUUGGACGAAAUUGAAACGGUUAAGCUACAAGUUGUAAAUGGUUGAUUAUUUUUAAUUGGAAAAUAAAGAAGUCUUAUAUAGAGAAGGGAGUUACAAAAAACAAGAGAAUUGAAGAAGAGUUAAAGGAUCAAAGAUGGGUAGCAAAAGCAAAGAUACAGAGGGAGAUCCAAUAAAGAAGGUUUUGACUCACAGAGGUCGAUAUGUCCAGUACAAUUUGUAUGGAAACUUAUUCGAACUUUCCUGCAAAUACGUUCCUCCUCUUCGCCCUAUCGGUAGAGGCGCUUAUGGCAUCGUCUGUACUGCUGUUAAUUCCGAUACACAUGAGGAAGUUGCCAUCAAGAAGAUUGCCAAUACAUUUGACAAUAUUAUUGAUGCUAAAAGGACUUUGAGAGAAAUUAAGCUCCUACGUCACAUGGACCAUGAAAAUGUUAUUGCUAUAAAGGAUAUAAUACGACCUCCACAAAAGGAUGCUUUUAAUGAUGUUUACAUAGUUUAUGAAUUGAUGGACACUGAUCUUCAUCAGAUUCUUCGUUCUGAUCAACCUCUCAACCUUGACCAUUGUCAGUACUUUCUAUACCAGCUAUUAAGAGGACUGAGGUAUGUGCAUUCAGCCAAUGCCUUGCACCGUGAUCUUAAACCAAGUAAUUUACUUUUGAAUGGAAAUUGUGAUCUUAAAAUUGGGGAUUUUGGUUUGGCGAGGACGACAUCUGAAACGGAUUUUAUGACCGAGUAUGUCGUUACUAGAUGGUACCGAGCCCCGGAAUUGCUCCUUAACUGUUCAGAGUACACCUCUGCUAUUGAUGUUUGGUCGGUUGGUUGCAUAUUUGCUGAAAUUAUGACCAGAAAAACCUUGUUUCCAGGGAAAGAUUAUGUUCAUCAACUAAGGCUUAUAACAGAGUUAAUAGGUUCACCCGACGAUUCUAGGCUUGAAUUUCUCCGAAGUGAAAAUGCGAGAAGGUAUGUCAAACAACUUCCUCAAUGCACGAAGCAAAAUCUUUCGGCAAGAUUUCCUCAUAUACCGCCCGAGCCUCUGGACCUACUAGAGAAAAUGCUUAUAUUUGAUCCUAACAAACGAAUUACAGUUGAAGAGGCACUAUGUCAUCCUUAUCUUUCAUCUCUUCAUGACAUCAACGACGAGCCAGUUGCUCCAAGGCCAUUCUGUUUUGAUUUUGAGCAGCCAGCAUGCACUGAAGAGCAUAUUAAGGAGCUCAUCUGGAUGGAAUCGGUGAACUUCAAUCCGGAUCCACUCUCUCAAUAACUCUUGCUUAUAUACAGUGUCUGUUCAUCAUUAUCAUGACACAUUGUAAAGUACAGAAAGUUCUAUUCCUUCUAUAUAUAGUCCAGUUGAAUAUUGCAAGUUACAAAAGGUGUUGUAUUAUGUUGAAGUUUGCUCAAGGAACAAAUAUGAGAGCAAAAAUGUUGUUCUGUCGUGGAGCCUUUAUUUUGGGUGUAAAAAUUCUAGGUUGAGGAGACGAUGUCUCAAUAUAAGGUACAGAAGACCUUAGAAUUCACUAAAUAUUUACAAAAAAAUAUACAUUUGUCUCUCUCCAAUGGUGUCACGGAGCCUUUAUUAUCUAUCGAUAAUCCUUGAAUACUAUUUUCUGUUUUAAAUGGUUACAUAUAUCAUAUUAGCAGCA